AUGUCCGGAUUCCUUCGCCUGCUCCGCGACAAGUGGUCGCCGCCGCGCGACCCGACGACCUCGCUCGCCGGCCGCACCAUCCUCAUCACCGGCGCCAGCACCGGCCUCGGCCUCGAAGCCGCCAUCAAGUGCGCCCAGCUCGGCUGCGCGCGCCUCGUGCUCGGCGUGCGCGACGCCGCCGCCAAGGGCGAGAAGACGAAGCAGACCGUCCAACAGCGCGCGCAGCGAAAGCGAAAGAUCGCCACGCGCGAGGCGACGGGCGACUGCGUCAUCGACGUGUGGGAGGUGGACUUUCUGGAUUUUGAGAGCGUUGAGCAGUUUGCCGAGAGGGUCGCGAGCGAGUUGGAGAGGUUGGAUGCCGCUGUACUAAAUGCGGGCGUAAGCAUGAAGGAGUUGAAGAGGAGCAAGCACGGGUGGGAAGAGACGCUGCAGGUCAAUGUGCUGGGGACGGCGUUGCUGGGGUUGUUGUUACUGCCAGUGCUAAAGAAGAGCAACGAGACGGUCCACGAUGGGAGACCGCCGGUUCUGGAGAUUGUGGGAUCGAGUUUGUAUCGGCAUGCGAAGCUGGGCUCGCCAGGGGAGAAGCUGUUGGAGAAAUUCAACAGAGAAGAAGGCUUCAAUGGGCGGAAGCAGUAUGGAAUUUCAAAGGCACUCGUCAUGUAUGCCAUGCGAAGCCUUGCGGCUAUGGAUGCAUACACCGAGGAUGGGAAGGAUGUGGUUGUCAUGUCGGCAUCUCCAGGAUUCUGCAAGAGUGACCUUCGGAGACAUUACACCGGCGCUGCAGCGAAAGUCUUUGGAUGGCUGUUCUAUGCCAUCUUUGCCAGAGAGGCAGAGGAAGGCGCAAGAAGCUUGGUUAGUGCUGUUUGUCUGGGCGAAGAAGCGCAUGACGGAUUCUGGCACAGCGAUAAACUACUCGAAUUGGACCCGAUGCUCAUGGGAGAAACAGGCGAGAAGAUGCGCCAGCAGAUCUGGCACGAGAUCGUGGACGCUGUUAGGCGAGACGUGCCGGAGGCACUCGAACUGACGCAGAACGGGCGGCGCGAAGCGUGA